AUGACUCGUGUUUCUAAGCGUCGCUUUUAUGGUCCCACUAGAGUGAUUGAGAAAUAUCCCGUCCUUUCCGGCACAACCAAGGAGCAAUUCGAAGAAUACUUCAGGUUCUUGGUGGCUAUUGAAGUAAUCAUCAAGGCAAAGGUUGGAGAUCAUCGCGAUGAGCUCAAAGAGCAGAUCGGAAAGUCUGCGCCAGACGAUUGGAAGAGCGCUUUGGUGAUUUUUCAAUUGCGUAGAUGUUCACCAUUGGCUGGACCUGAACGAGAAUGUGCUGAUAAGUCUAUGUCCAAGUUGGGGAAGUUGGCACUUGGACUCUCUCCCGUGGAAGCAUUGGCAUUGAAAGAUGCACCUAAUUCUGAUAGCGAUGAUAAUUUCAUGCUAGCCUUGGGGAGUGAGAGUGAGGAGGAUGCCAUGCCAGACUUAGAAGAUGAGAAUGGCAAUGUUGUCAGAAGAGGUUCUGCCGAGAAGAAGAAGAAAAAGGAGAAAGAGAAGCAAAAUGAUUCGAUGAUUAUGGUGGAAGAUGACAUGUGGGGGAGAAGACAUCAUGGUAUGAAUGGUGAUGGAAUGGACACCAUUCCUUCAUGGGGAUAUGUAUGA